ACACACCCUUAUCCAAGUCCACUAUUUAUUCAUUUUUUCUUGUUGCGAUUUGCAGCCAUGGAUUUUAUCUCUCCAAACCCACCAAUGGAGAAUCCUCUCACUAGAUGUUAUUCUCUCUCUAGACUUGUUGGUGUGUUUCUCUCUCUAGUGAUCAUAGCAAGUGAUGCAACUUUCAGCCAUGGAUCCAACACCCCAAGAAUAGAUGUGCACCCCAAAACUCUAAAUGGAUCUGGAGAUACAGUCACCAUAGAAUGGAAUGGCAUAGAAAAUCCAUCAAAUUUGGACUGGUUGGGUAUCUACAAUCCCCAUGAUUCUCUUGAUGAGAACUUCAUAGGCUAUGUUUUCCUCUCCUCUUGCGAGAAUUGGCGAUCUGGGUCUUGCUCCAUUAGCCUCCCUCUGAUAAAUUUGAGAUCAGAUUAUGGGUUUCGGUUGUUUCGAUGGAACGAGAGCGAGAUCAAUAAGCACCAUGACCAUGAUCAAAAUCAACUGCCUGUAACCAAGCAUCUUCUUGCGAAGGGUGACAAAGUAGCGUUUAAGAAUCCGAAUGAUCCAGCUCAAAUUCAUCUGGCCUUGACAGAGAAUCAUGGUGAAAUGAGAGUGAUUUUUGUGACAAAAGAUGGGUUCAAGUGCUUUGUGAGAUAUGGGUUGGAUGUGAGAGAGUUGGAUAUGGUGGUCGAGGCUUCUUCGAGGACUUAUUCGAGGUCAGAUAUGUGUGAUUCGCCAGCGAAUUCAGAUGUUGGGUGGAGAGAUCCUGGUUUUAUACAUGAUGGGGUCAUGGUGAAUUUGAAGCAUGGGAAGCGUUACUAUUAUCAGGUUGGGAGUGAGAAAGGUGGGUGGAGCUCAAUCCACAGUUUCGUUACCUCAAGCAAACACUCAGAUGAAACUAUAGCAUUCCUCUUCGGUGACAUGGGAACCUCAGUCCCGUACAGGACCUUUAUCCGAACCCAAGAAGAGAGCAUAUCCACGGUGAAAUGGAUUCUUAGAGACAUUGAAGCCCUCGGGAACAAACCCACAUUCAUCUCUCACAUUGGUGAUAUAAGUUAUGCCAGGGGUUAUGCAUGGGUUUGGGACUAUUUUUUCUCUCAGAUUGAGCCUCUCGCCUCUAAGGCACCAUACCAUGUAUGCAUAGGCAACCAUGAAUAUGACUGGCCUCAGCAGCCAUGGAAACCAGCUUGGGCUUAUGGUGUCUAUGGAAAAGAUGGAGGCGGUGAAUGCGGGGUGCCAUAUAGCCUUCGAUUUCACAUGCCUUCUAACUUCUCUCUUCCCACCGGGACCACUUCUCCCCCUACUGAGAACCUCUUCUACUCUGUAGAUUUUGGGGUGGUCCAUUUCUUGUAUUUCUCGACUGAAACCGAUUUCCUACCGGGGAGCCCACAAUACGAAUUCAUCAAGGCUGAUUUGUCGAAUGUGAACAGAGAGAAAACCCCAUUUGUUGUAGUUCAAGGCCAUCGGCCAAUGUACACAACGAGCAAUGAGCUAAGAGAUGCCCCGCAUAGAGAGAGAAUGCUCAAGAGCCUGGAGCCUCUCUUUGUGGAGUACAAGGUAGAUUUAGCACUGUGGGGCCAUGUUCAUAGAUAUGAGAGGUUCUGCCCUUUGAAGAACUUCACAUGUGGAACUCAUUUGCCUGUUCAUGUGGUUAUAGGAAUGGCUGGUCAAGAUUGGCAAGCAAUAUGGGAGCCAAGGGCUGAUCACCCUGAUGUCCCCAUAUAUCCACAGCCUGAUAGGUCAUUGUAUAGAGGAGGUGAGUUUGGUUACACAAGGCUUCAUGCUACUAGAGAGAGAUUGACUCUAACUUACAUUGGGAACCAUGAUGGUGAGGCCCAUGAUGUGCUAGAAAUAAGGGGCAGAGAGGGGUUUCAGGCAGUGGGUUCUUCUCUCUCUGUGUAUAUCAGAGGUGGGGGCUUCUUGCUUGGGGGCGCAUUCUUGGGUUUCUUGGGUGGGUUCUUUGCAAGGUCUAGGAGAGAGACUGUGCAGAAGAGUACCUGGAUCCCAGUGAAGAGCGAUGACCUUUAGUUGAUUCAUGGCAAUGGCAAGCAUGUUUCAGGAGUUCCCUUGGUCAUAGCAACUGUCAUAUUGAAGAAAAUUACAUCCAUGUGAGAUUCCGGCCAUCCAUCUCUUCACUUGCGCUUGCGUAGCCAUCUCUCUCUCUAUCCCCCAUAUGUAUAGAUAUGGCCUCCACUUGCCUGGUUCUCCUUAGGAGGCGUUAGAGGUUCCAUUGCAUACUUGUAAUCAUACCAUGUUCUAUUGUUUUAUAUUUACUGAUGUGACCAAUAGUAAUGGACUUAGUGUUAUUGAAUUUAAUCUCCCAAAUUUUCAGAAGGCCAGGAUGUUUCCUUA